AUGAAAUAAGUUUUGCAUUAACUAGCCAGACAACACACUAUAACGAAUAAUAAGAGCUUUAGUUUGCCCACCAAACAAUCAUUGGAGCAAUCCUACUAGGACGUGAAGUUUCAGUUCGUGAUGCAAUUCUCAAAAAACACGACUCAAGAAUAGUUGGAAUAGAUUGUUAAUAUAUUGUUCAAUCAUGGAUUCUAAUCUUAUAAGACUAGGAAUCUGCAAAAUGACAAGAUUUUACUAUUCAUUUGUAUAUGGGAUCCGAAGAUCAUAUUGGAAUAGGCGGAGUAAAUGCAGCUGUACAAAGUACUAAUUGACCGUUCGCACUCUUAAAUGCACGAAGUAUAUAGAAAGAUAGCUGAGAAGAUAAAUGUAAAGAAAGUGUUAGAUGAGAGAUUAAUCCUCACUUUAAAUUAGAUUGAUAAGAGGAUAGUGGAAUUUGAAAAUUAUUAAAAAUUUAAAUAUGACUUAAAAAGUGAUUUCUGUUUACACAAUGAUGACGCAGAAGUCAUAAAAAUAUUUAGUCCUUCAGAGACUUUGCUCAUAAUUUACAAUUACUUACACACUAUUAAAAUAGGAGAUUUGGAUAUGAUUCAUUUUCUAAAAACGGAAGAAUAUUUAUUACAAGUAACUCCGAUUCACGAUGAAAUAGUCUCACUCAAUACAGUAUCAGACAUAGAGAGAUAUUUUGGAGGCAACUUAGCAGUUUACUUCGAGUUCAUGAACUUCUAUUAAUCUAUGCUUAAGUAUUUGGCAGUUGCAGCAAUCAUCACUUUAGUAAUCGAUCAUCAAAGUAGUCUCUUCAAAAUCACAAAUGUGGCUAGUUUUUAUGCAGUACUAACCAUGGUAUGGUCAACAUUCUUCAUCAUUGCCUGGCGUAGAAAGGAGAAUGAAUUAAGUAUUGAAUGGGGUGUUUUUGGUUAAUAACACAUCAAGAGAUUAGAUCUGAAUCCAGAAUAUAAAGGCAAUCCAAAAAUGAAUUACAUCACAGGAUUGAUCAAGAAUAGCUAUCCAACAAGCAGUAGGAUAUUCUAUUAUAUGAUAUCAUUAUUCGAAGCCAUUCCCAUACUCAUUAUUGCUGGGUUGAUUAAGAUUGUGGUAUUUAAUAUCAAUGGACUCAUACGGAAUGAAGAUAGUAUCUUUUAUAUCAGAGUGGCUGCUAAACUCAAUCAAGCAGGAGGUCUCUUAUAUUACAAAUACACUACCAAUAUAUUAGAUAUUUUCACUAUCUUGUUAAUAUUCUAUAUCAACACUCUGUAUACAAAGGUUUGCAUCAAUUCAACCAAACGAGAAAAUCAUAGAACCAACUUGAGGUUUUAUAACUCUUUGAUCCUUAAACGAUUCAUAUUUGAAUUAAUCAAUAGAUUCUUUCACUUAUUUUACAUAGCCUUCGUUGAAUUCGAUAUCCCAACUCUAAGGAGUCUCUUGAUUAAGUUGUUUGUUAUGGAUUAAAUAAGAAGAGUUCUAUUGGAAUCUCUAUUGCCCAUGUUGAUGAAGUAGCAGUAUGAAAAAUAGAAGGAAUAGUAUCGAUUGAAUCUGUAAAAGAAGGAAGACAUCAAUGAAAAAAUUGUAGAUAGAAUUGCAGAACUUGAACUCUGGGAAUAUGAUGAUUUUGAUGAUUACAUUGAAGUCAUAUUUCAAUAUGGAUACAUAGUAUUGUUCGCAGCUAUUUUUCCUCUGGCUGCUGCUCUCACAUAUAUUUUCAACUUUAUUGAAAUAUGGAGUGAUAAAUUCAAACUAGCAAAUAAAUUAUACUAAAGGAAUUUACCUAAGAAAGCACAUAGCAUUGGCGAAUGGAGAACUGUUUUGAUGACCUUAUCAGUGUUAUCAAUAUACACUAAUACAGCAUUUAUUGCCUUUGCUUAUUUCAAUGUAUUUGACACUUGUUAGAAGACAGGUUGCGAUUGGGAAAAUAUUCUCAUUCUACUAUUUAUCAUUGAACAUUUUUCAUUAGGUUUAAAGUAUAUUGUACAAUAAACGAUCAAUUCAAAACCAAAAUGGGUUAGGAUUGUUAUGAGAAGAAUGAAAAGGAAGAGAAGAAAUUUUCAUAAUUGA